CGCACUUUGCUGUGCUAUCUGAAAGCUGAAAGGAUAGGAGCGCAUUUAACUCUGUAGGUAAAAUGAGCUUUGAAUGACAGAACAGAAUAUUUUGGCAACAGAGCUUUAUAUUUUACAUAAUUCCCAAACAAAGUUACAAUGGUAGACGGCGGAUAUCUAAAACUGAUUGAUUGUCAACAUAGAGGGCUUGGACGUGGCAUGGACAUAGCAUUAUAUGGCUUAGUUCGUGUAGAAAACUGUGGAUUAUAUCGCAAAGUGCAAUACUUACAGUGAAGAAGCGGAGCUGCCUGACGGUCAUGAGGAUGGCCUCUUGGGAAGAGAAUUUGGGUCAGCCCAAUCGCUCUGUUCUGGAGAUGGGGGGGCCACCGGACCUGUCCAGCUCCCUCUUCAAUCUCAGCAGCAGUUAUGGGGGCACAGGGGCUUUCCUCUGGCUGUUUCCGUCAGAGAACAUCACAUGGACCACCACGAAACCCACAAUCCAGCCAGUUGCCCCUCCGCGGGUACGGGACCAAGCCUUGGCCCAGGCAGAGAUCGGGGUGCUGGGGUUGGUGCUUGCCCUCACUGCUCUGGGUAAUGGAUUUGUGCUGUGGGUGUUGCUGCGGAGGAAGAAACAUCAUGCUCCCAUGCACCUCUUCAUGGUCAAUCUGUGUGUGGCUGACCUAGUAGUGGCCUUCUUUCAGGUGCUGCCACAGCUGGUGUGGGACAUCACAGAGCACUUCCAGGGCCCUGACGCUCUGUGUCGCUUUGUCAAGUACUUGCAGAUCGUCGGGAUGUUUGCAUCCUCUUAUAUGAUUGUUGCCAUGACUGUGGAUCGGCACUAUGCUAUCUGCUGCCCCCUGCAAGCAUAUCGUGGAGGUGCACCCUCCCGCUGGAACACCCCCAUUAUUGUUGCAUGGGGCCUGGCACUUGUGCUCAGUUUGCCACAGGUGUUCAUCUUCUCACGGUCAGAGGUGUCCCCCGGGGUGUUCGAAUGCUGGGGCCACUUUGCUGAGCCGUGGGGUCUUAAAGCAUAUGUCACCUGGAUGACUGUGGCUGUAUUUGUAUUGCCAGCCUUUAUCAUCACUGUCUGUCAGGUUCGCAUCUUCAGAGAAAUCCAUGACAAUAUCUACCUGAAGUCUGAGCGGGUGGUAACGGCAGAGUUUAAGAGGAACUCUGUCUUCUUCCACUUUGGUCAGCGGGAGGGGGGCAGGGGAAGGAGCAGAGAGAGGAACAGACAGAGCAGACACAGCAGUGUCAGUCAAGCUCAUUACAGUCCCUCACAUCAUGCAGGAGAGGAAGCGUGCUCCUCAAGCCUUUAUCAUAGCUACUCUCAUACUCUACCCUGUAGGAGCUCUAUCUGCGAGCCUUGCUUUGGGCACCACCCCUCUUCAGACAGCCCCUCCCCUUCCGUCCAAACUCACCUGCAAAACACCCCCAACCAUCUCUCAGACCCCUCCCAUUCCCAGUCUUUAUCAGCCAAUAGUGUGGGUGCAUUGGCUGGACACCCAAAUAGCUCUGGAGCUUCUGAACUGUGGCCAGGUGUGCUUCCAGAUGCUUUUCCCCUUCCGACCAACUAUUCGCACCCGCCGCCGCCUCUCCCAGGUGUGACUAAGGCCAUGUCUAAGACAGUGAGGAUGACUCUUGUCAUUGUGCUGGUCUACACCAUCUGCUGGUCUCCUUUCUUUAUUGUUCAGUUAUGGGCAGCCUGGGACCCCAACCCACCAAACCAAGGGGCUGCUUUCACUAUCAUGAUGCUUCUAGCCAGUCUAAACUCCUGCACUAACCCAUGGAUCUACACAGCCUUCUCCAACAGUGUGUCCCGUGAGCUGUUUGCACUGCUGCGCUGCCACACCGGAUCCCCACGCAGAGGUUCGCUGCCUGACGACUCAACCACAACUCACACAUCAACCAACACCAAGGACUCCACAUACUGACCUCUGGCCUGACUCUACUGCACACACACACACACACACACCAGCACAUGGCAAACACACCACAGACGUGACAGGCUAGACCCUGUCCCAAAUGCCACUCUUUGCCCAUGUGUUGAUGACAUAACCAGACAGGUAGUGCUCCGAAGGGCACAGUAAACACCUUUUUAGUAUUUAAAAUGACUAAUGAGAUGCCCUACGGUCUUCACGGACAAGUGCCAAUAGCAAAAGUGUGCAAAAAGUGUGC